AUAACCGAGUGCAACUUUUGAGAUAAGUACUGGACAAUUCACCAAAGUUUUCACAAUAAGUCCGGCAGGUUUCAGACAAACCAAAAGUCUAGGAUUUCACUAUGUAGCCCCUGUAUGGUUUCAGCAUUCACUGCAAAAUCCAGACUAUUUGAAUUUCGAAACAUUGGGACACAGCGACCGUGGUAUCAAGGAUUCGAAUGGACGGUAACACAUGGCAGAGGCUGUAGUCGGCCCAACUGAUGAGCUGGUGUCCAUAGUGUGUGGUUGGAAGAGGCAUCAGUGUGAAACUCUUGCAGCAGUGAUAUGUUGUUAUUUCUGGUGACCUUAAUUCUAAGAGAAUGAAACAAAGAUUCUACGGUGAUGACAUCAGCAAUGAGCCGCAUAUAAGGCGGUGAUAUCAGCUGGAUUGUGAUGUCACACACGGUGAGGGGCGAUAUUACCGGUUAUUAUCGCAGGUGCGUACGGUUCAGCGGCCGCGAGCCGGUAUCCUCCCUCCGCUUACCCGUGCGCGGACACUUAGGAGCCGCCAACCGAGUGACAGCCGCUCCGGAGUACCCGGCCUUUGGAGACACGCUGACAGGGUUGACCCUGCAGCCAACAAGAAACCUGAGAAUGAAUAACCCUUCCAUCAAGAGAAUAGUGACCAAUGUUAUCAAAUCUCCUGAGGAUAAACGUGAAUAUCGCGGAUUGGAACUCUCUAAUGACAUUCGUGUGUUACUCAUUCAUGAUCCCACUACUGACAAGUCUUCUGCAGCCCUGGAUGUUCACAUUGGCUCCUUGGCAGAUCCCAAAGAGAUACCUGGACUUGCCCAUUUUUGUGAACAUAUGCUUUUCUUAGGAACUGAGAAGUAUCCAAAGGAGAAUGAGUACAGUCAGUUCCUCAGUGAACAUGCUGGGAGCUCAAAUGCAUUUACCAGUGGGGAACAUACCAACUACUAUUUUGAUGUAUCAAAUGAGCAUUUGGAAGGUGCCCUGAAUCGGUUUGCCCAGUUUUUCCUUUGCCCUUUGUUUGAUGCCAGCUGUAAAGAUCGAGAAGUCAAUGCUGUUGACUCUGAGCAUGAGAAAAAUCUAAUGAAUGAUGCUUGGAGACUGUUCCAGUUGGAGAAAUCUACAGGCAACCCAGAACAUCGGUUUAGUUCAUUUGGAACAGGCAACAAGUUCACCUUGGAAACUAGACCAGCAGAGAUGGGCAUUGACGUACGGCAAGAACUCCUUAAGUUUCAUUCAACUAACUAUUCAUCAAACCUGAUGGCACUCUGUGUCCUAGGGAGAGAAUCCCUCGAUGAGCUGACUGACCUGGUGGUAAAGCUGUUCGCGGAGGUGGAGAAUAAAUAUUUACCUGUCCCUGAAUAUCCUGAGCAUCCUUUCCAGGAAGAACACCUGAAGCAACUGUACAAGGUGGUACCUAUCAAAGACAUCCGGAAUCUAUAUGUCACUUUUCCCAUACCCGACCUUCAGAAGUAUUACAAAUCAAAUCCAGGUCACUAUCUCGGACAUUUGAUUGGCCAUGAAGGACCGGGGAGUCUUCUUUCAGAACUCAAAUCGAAAGGUUGGGUAAACACACUUGUUGGAGGUCAAAAAGAAGGCGCUAAAGGUUUUAUGUUUUUCAUCAUUAAUGUAGAUCUUACUGAAGAAGGACUUGUGCAUGUUGAUGAUAUAAUUCUACACAUGUUCCAGUAUAUUAAUAAACUGCGUACAGAAGGGCCACAGGAGUGGGUUUUUCAGGAGUGCAAGGAUUUGAAUGCUAUGGCAUUUAGGUUCAAAGAUAAAGAACGACCACGUGGCUACACUUCAAAACUUGCUGGCUCAUUACAUUACUAUCCCAUUCACGAAGUGCUUGCAGCUGAAUACCUGCUGGAAGAGUUUAGGGCUGACUUAAUUCAAAUGGUACUGGAAAAACUAAGACCAGAAUCUGUGCGUGUGGCAGUGGUUUCUAAAUCAUUUGAAGGACAAACGGACAUAACAGAGAAAUGGUACGGCACACAAUACAAACAGGAAGCCAUUGGUGCUGAUGUCAUCCAGAAAUGGCAGAAUGCAGAUCUAAAUGGCAAGUUUAAACUACCAGUGAGGAAUGAGUUCAUUCCCACAAAUUUUGAGAUUUUCCCUUUGGAAAAUGAUGCCCUCCCAUUUCCAACUCUUAUUAAGGACACUGCCAUGAGUAAAGUGUGGUUCAAGCAAGAUGACAAAUUCUUUCUCCCAAAAGCCUGCUUGAACUUUGAGUUUUUCAGUCGUUACAUUUAUGUUGACCCUCUUCAUUGCAACAUGACAUACCUCUAUAUCAGGUUAUUGAGAGAUGAUUUAAAAGAGUAUACAUAUGCAGCUCGCCUCACAGGCUUGGUGUAUGCACUAGCUCCAGCAAUGAACUCAAUUCUUCUGGUUGUGAAAGGCUACAAUGACAAACAGCACAUAAUUCUCAAGAAGAUAAUUGAGAAGAUGGCCACCUUUGACAUCGAUGAAAAACGAUUUGAAAUAAUCAAAGAGGCUUAUAUGCGAUCCUUGAAUAAUUUUCGAGCCGAGCAACCUCACCAGCAUGCUAUGUAUUAUCUCAGACUGUUGAUGACUGAGGUGGCGUGGACCAAAGAUGAACUUAAAGAAGCACUGGAAGAUGUCACUCUCAUUCGCCUCAAGGCCUUUAUACCUCAACUGUUGUCACGACUGCAUAUAGAAGCUCUUCUCCAUGGCAAUAUAACAAGACAGACUUCAUUGAGUAUUAUACAAAUGGUCGAAGACACCCUAAUUCAGCAUGCUCAUACUAAACCUCUUCUUCCCAGUCAACUUACCAGAUACAGAGAGGUGCAACUUCCUGAUCGAGGCUGGUUUGUAUACCAGCAAAGGAAUGAGGUACACAACAACUGUGGAAUUGAGAUCUAUUACCAGACAGACAUGCAGAACACCCAUGAAAAUAUGUUAUUGGAGCUUUUUUGUCAAAUAAUAUCGGAGCCAUGCUUCAACACACUGCGGACUAAAGAACAGUUAGGUUACAUUGUAUUUAGUGGUCCACGGCGAUCAAAUGGUGUACAAGGCCUUCGUUUUAUUAUUCAGUCGGAAAGACCACCCAGCUACCUGGAAAGCAGGGUGGAGGCUUUUCUGAAAACCAUGGAAAAGCAUAUCAAGGAAAUGACAGAGGAUGCUUUUCAGAAGCAUGUUCAAGCUCUAGCAGUAAGACGACUUGAUAAACCAAAGAAGCUCUCAGCAGAAUGCGCUAAACACUGGAGUGAAAUUAUCUCUCAGCAGUACAACUUUGAUCGAGACAACAUAGAAGUAGCACAUCUGAAGACACUGACUAAAGAAGAUAUAGUAAAUUUCUGCAAAGAGCUUCUGGCUGUUGAUGGCUCGAGGCGACGCAAAGUUUCUGUACAUGUCUUGUCUCGGGAUAUGGAUUCCUGCCCUGUUGUUGAACAACUUCCAUGUCAAAAUGAUGUCAACCUGCCUCCUGCACCACCUUUGCCACAGCCGACCAUAAUUGAAGAUAUGACCGUGUUCAAACGCAGUCUGCCACUCUUUCCACUGGCAAAACCGCACAUCAACUUCAUGGCUGCAAAACUUUGAGAUGAUGAAAUACUUGUGUUAAAGGAGGAAAACCUGAAUUACAGUUUCCAUUCUGCUGGAGUGGUAGAGCGAGGGGAUUAUUCAGAGAUUAUUUCUUUUAUGUGAACACUUUACAGUUAGGAGUGUACAAGGUUAAUUAGCUCUGUAUACUUCUUCCUGUAAAUAGUUCAGCAAGCCGAGUGACACUUUAAAAUACUUGUCCAUAGAAACUUCAGACAUAAAAUUGGAAUCUACAAAACACUAAUGUAUAAACCAGUGAAAUUACACUGUGUAAUAUAUUUGAGACAGAUUCUUUUGUGAUAGAGCACGAGCCUUAUAAUUGGUAACUAUACCAUGUUUUUAACUUCUAUACAAGUUUUGUAGUUUUGACAUUUUAUGUGCUCAUACAACUGGUAGUAAAAUGCUGGAAACAUUUCUUUUCAUCUCAAAUUACUUUUUACCACAUGUAUAAUCAAAACUCAAGAGAAUUCAGAUGAUAAGUUGUCCAGAACUGUAUAGUUUCUGACUGAAUUUGGAUUUCUUAUCCAUGAGACAAGAUACCCGACUCCUUUGAGCAUGUUUUCACGAAAUCAAAUGAUCACAUUUACACAGAGCUGCUAAAGCAGAAUAGGCUGAGAAACUGUUGCUUUCACGAUUUGGGUCCUCUGAUUUAGUGCUUGAAAACCUGAGAAAAACCUGUUUAUUCCCCCAAUAAAACUGAGAAUUUUUAAAAGUCCAUUUCUUUGCAAUAUCAAAGUCCAAUUAGAGGGAAUGGGACUUUUCUUUUGUAUUUAAAUGGAACCAAAGAAAAGUUACGGCAAAGAAAGAGGCCAUUCAGCUCAGCUAAUAGUGUUUGUACUGACCGAAAAUUAUAAUAGCUGCCCGUUUUAAUUAAAUGUUCUUUUUUGUAUAGAAAGUAAAUGAUUAGGAUCCAUACAAAACGCAUUUGUUCCAUUUUUUUUGUUGUGCCUCCCAAGUAACUUAAUGUUUGACAUUCAAGAAAUAUUAUGUAAUCCAUAAUAUGGCCACUAUCAAUCUUGUGUGAAAUCACACAUCAGUUAUUAUGAACAUUGUUCUAUAAACUUUGUUUCCAUAAUGAUCAAUGUGUAAGAGGCAAUGAAGGUAGCACACUAAAUGGCACAGAUAAAGCAGAAGAGCACAUUGAAUGUUAUCUAGACUCUAAUACUAUUGCAACCUUGAGUGUCCUGCUAUUUUGACUUUUGGUAAUAGGAUAUAUAUUAGAGAUUCUGUGAUACCAACAUGAAUGUCAGUUGUGAGAAUAAGGUAUGUACAAAUGAGCUCUUGAGAUAGCUAUCAUGCACUCCACAAUAAAUAUUUCGCACCACAUAUAACAUGCAAAAAGUGACCAGCUCAAAAUGCAGAGCGGGGAAGCAACACAAAGUUGCAGAAUUUUAAGGCCUAGCUGUACUUCAUUGAAAAGUGCUGCAAUAGGGUACAAAACUUCAGCUAAUGUUAUCAAUUACUGAUUUCAAAUUCUAAUAUUUAAUGGGUAUAGUUCAUUAAAGCCUGCUAUUUGUAGCCUACUACAGUUAAUUGGAUGAAUUUAUAAUGUAUUUCUUGUUCUAGAUUUAUUUUAAAAAGAAAUUGAUCACAACUUGAGUGAAGAAAAAGCUGCUGUUAUUGAAACCACCUUCAUGCAUGAGGAUAUUUUAAUUAGCAUGUUUAUGACCAGAUUGUCUUUGUCUUUGUUUUCUAAUCAGUUCAGUGUUUCUAGAGUAAUAAUAAUCUAUGUAAUGAAAAACAUCGGUUAGCAAUAAAAAAAGUAUACAGAAGUUUUGCCUCUGAAAACCUGAAGUGUGCAGUGUUGAAAACUGACCAGAUCAUAAUGGGAAAAUACCUUUUGGAUGGAUGUGUUUGUCUAUAAAUGUAUUAGUUGCACUGCAUUUUGGGGUUUGUCUCAAGUUGAAAAUUCAAAUUACUCCUUUUGAAAUCUUUUACCUUUGUUUUUACUGGUUUUGAUUCCACUUCUCCCAGCCCACCGUAAAAGGAUCCUUCCGUGCUUUGUGAGAUUGUGCUGCAAUAUUUCAGGAGUGCAUACCACCUUAGAAUAGUGAUCCUGCAGAUUUUGAAAAGUGUCCAAAAAUGAAUGUUCUAUCUGAAAUCAUGGCUGACAAUUUAGAAAAUUUGAUUAGUAUUGUCUUUGGGUCAUUUAGUUUUGCAGCAAUCACAAGGCAGGUUUUGUAGCCCCUUCAUUUCAGUAGUAGUGUUAUAUUGGAUAAAAUUAAAGUUUUUUUUUAAGUUUUAAAAUAUUUGGAAUGCAAACUUGCAUACAAUCCUUACACACAUUUUACUUGAAGAGGUAACCUAAGUGAAACAUUUAUAUACUGUUCCAAACUUUUCCAGCUGAGAGUUGUAUAUGGGCAUUAUCUGUGAUAUUGUCGCAGGUCAGCAAGAACUUCUGCAUUGUAUAUAAUGAAUAUCUAUGAAAAAUAUUCCAAACUUUUUAUAGUUUUGGAAUUCUUACAGUGCAUAAUAUGAUAGCUAAUUCUCUCUAACAAAAACAAUUACUGAAAGAAAAUAUAUUUUACUGUAAAAGAUGUUUUCUAGCAGUCUCUAAUUCUUUGUAGUGUUACUUUUUCUACCAUGUUUCCAGCAUUUUAUGGCAGUGUGUGUGACAGUGCAGUUUGACUCAGGCAUAUCCAUGGAUUCUAUAAGAAGAAUCCAAAGAUGCAGCUUUUUCAAGCAAUAACAGCCAACAGAGUAUCUACAAAUAUUCAGUCUGUUUUUAUGGCUUGUGAAUAGAUGUAUCAUUUUUUUUUUUGUUGAUUGUGAUAAAUUACUUAUAACAACACCAUUUUGAAGGUUUUGAAGCAGUUGAUAUAGAACUGGGUGCAUAUAGUACAGCUACUGUAUACUGAAAGGAUGUUUCAGUUUGCUAUAAAAUAAAACCUGAGAUCAUCCUGUCA